UGACUGCUGAGUCAGCCAGCUCGGCUGGGGAGACUUGGGACUAGUCCCAUUCGGAACAUCAUCCUCAUUUGCAGUCAAUCAAGUUAUCAUCAGACAGCUGAGCGCACGCACUCCCCAAGCUGCAAGCUGGCAACUCUAUCUUGCAAGUUACAUUCUUCGAAGCUUGUCGCUUUCAAUUCGAUCCCCCCCCCAUCUUUCACUGUCUUCCAGAAUCCUGUAAAAGAAAAAUGUCCAUCAAUUCUCUCUUAGCCGGCGCUCUUCGCGGCUCAGUACGAGGCGCUACCAUCGCCUCCGGCACCCAAAGAACCUUUACCACUACCCGCACCAGAUUGAAUGCACCGAAUGAUCCAUCGUCUAGUGCCUACCGAGACGGCGUAAGCGACCACUGAAGCUAACCGACUUCCUCUAUUCAUCCACACUUCUUUCUCCCAGGCGUUGCUUACAGAAUGGUAGAUGGCCCGGUACAAACUCUUCAUCGGCCCCUUUGCCAAAGUCUUCCUGGGCGCCGUCUUCACCUUCCAGGUCCUUCAUUGGACGUGGUUGAAGCUCGAGAUGGAUGAAUCCAAGUAUGAGAAGAAUAAGGAAGUCACUGCUCUUGAGGAAAAGGCUCGGGAGUUGACAGGCACGCAGAAAAAGAUGUAAAUGCUUGCAUACUUGAGUAUUCGGGUCUUGACUGGAUCUUACUGGAAUAGUUAAUGGCGUCGUGUUCCUUGCUAUCGAUUGUACUCUAUCCACCUGCAUCUGCCAUUGUAUAUACCCCAUGCAUCAAUGUCGCUUCCUACAUGGAAUUGGUUGAGA